GUCCUCCCCAGCCCACUACUACCACUCCCCCCAGCAGGCCUACAGCCCAGCUCAGGCUGUCCAACAGGUAACAUCCACAGAAAUGUUAAGGAAUGUUUCUGAACUCUUAUGAACAUAAGAGUUUAUGACAGAGAGAUGCAUAGAGUAUUUGUCUGCAUCUCUCUAUAACUCGUAAUUAAUGCAAGGAGGGCCUAAUAUGUCUCUUGGUUUCCUUUUUCCCAGCAUUCCUCCAGCAGCCUGUAUAACAGCCCCUCCUACCAUAGCCAUAACCUGUAUGAGCAGCAAGCAGCAGGCAUGAGCAUCACCAACCCCCACAGCAACCAGGAUCUCCUACAACAACCCAAUGCCUUCCCCAAACCUAUCUACUCCUACAGGUAGUGCAGACUAACACAUUCACUUGGUCAUUUUACAUUGACAUUUAAUCGGUACAGUUUUAAAACAGUUUGUAAAGGGACUAUCAAAAAGCAGACUCAAUUUGAACAAUUGGAACUGAGCAAAAAUGAAAAUGGAUGAUAUUUGACUGUUUUCACCAGCUGCCUGAUUGCUAUGGCUCUGAAGAACAGCCGUACAGGCAGCCUCCCUGUCAGUGAGAUCUACGGCUUCAUGAAGGAGCACUUCCCUUACUUCAAGGUGAGGAGCAGGGAGAUGCCUCUUUACACACAUGAGAUUAUCUGGGCUCAUGGAAGUUUGGGAACAUCAGCAACAUUGUAUAUUAUCAGUAUGUGUUUAACUGAUGUAUGGUUCUCCACCAUACAGACGGCGCCUGACGGCUGGAAGAACUCUGUGAGACACAACCUGUCUCUGAACAAGUGCUUUCAGAAGGUGGAGAACAAGCAGGGAGGCUCCUCCUCCACUCGUAAGGGCUGUCUGUGGGCCCUCAACCCAGCCAAGAUCAACAAGAUGGAGGAAGAGAUGCAGAAGUGGAAACGCAAGGACCUGACUGCCAUCCGCCGCAGCAUGGCCAACCCAGGUGAGGAUGGUAGAGCAGACAUGAAAAGACUAGCCAUAUUGUAGCAAUUAGCCAUUCUAAUGAACAAACAGCACAUAAUGCUUAUGUACAUUUUAAAUUUUUUAAAUUUUAGUCAUUUAGCAGAUGCUCUUAUCCAGAGCGACUUACAGUUUUAGUGAGUGCAUACAUUUUUCAUACUGGCCCCCCAUGGGAGUCGAACCCACAACCCUGGCGUUGCAAGCGCCAUGCUCUACCAACUGAGCUACAGGAGGCCACUGAGUAUUCAAAAAAUUAAGAGCACCUUCCUAAUAUUGAAUUGCACCCCCUUUUGCCCUAAGAACAGCCUCAAUUCGUCAGGGCAUGGACUCUACAAGGUGUUGAAAGCGUUCCACAGGGAUGCUGGCCCAUGUUGACUCCAAUGCUUCCCACAGUUGUGUCAAGUUGGCUGGAUGUCCUUUGGGUGGUGGACCAUUCUUGAUACACAUGGGAAACUGUAAAACCCAACUGCAUUGCAUUUCUUGACACAAAAACCGGUGCGCCUGGCAUCUACUACCAAACCCUGUUCAAAGGCACUUAAAUACUUUGUCUUGCCUAUUCACUCUCUGAAUGGCACACACACAAUCCAUGUCUCAGUUGUCUCAAGGCUUAAAAAUCCUUAUUUAACCUGUCUCCUCCCCUUCAUCUACACUGAUUGAAGUGAAUUUAACAAGUGACAUCAAUAAGGGAUCAUAGCUUUCACCUGGAUUCACCUAGUCAGUCAAAGAGCAGGUGUUGCUAAUGUUUUGUACACUCAGUGUAAACUCAUUGUUUACAGCUAAUGUUCAUGUCUCUCAGAUGAGCUGGACAGGCUGAUCACAGACCGACCGGACGGCUGCCGGAGGAAGCCUUGUGACCCCAGGAUGACGUGUCUCCCCUCAAACCCCUGUGGUUCCCCUCUGUCUGGGCAUCUGCAGGAAUCCCUCCCCUUCUACCUCCAGGCCCAGAACCACACCCUCCUAGGAGACCCCAGCUCCCCUGUUCCCGGGCGGACCCCUCCCCUCCACGCUGUCCCAGACUACUCCCACAGCCCCUUCAUCCAGCAGCAGCCCUACAGACAAGCCAACAGCCACAGUCUGUACAGCCUCCACCCUGAUUUCACAACAGAGGUGGACGCUCUGGACCCCAGUAUCAUGGAGUUUGCCGGUGGGUUAUUAUGAGGAUCGGAGGGAUGUUACCAUAUGUUUAAAAUGAAAAUGGCAUAUUUGUUGAACACCUUUAUCAAAACAGAUAGUCUUGAGCAUAACUGUCUGUUUUAACCCAAGGAUGAUUUGGUUAAUGAUCUGUUUUAACCGGUUAUAAUGUGUUUGUUUCUGUCUCUCAGGGAGCCUAUGGGAGGGGAUGAGAGAGGAGGGCUUCAGCCUGGAGACUCUGAGUACCUUUAACCACUCUCCUCUGUGCCUGUCUGACUGUGAGCUGCCUGGCCCCACCACUGGACAGCCCCUGGUGGACCUAGAGGUUUCAGGGCUGUACACCACCCUGGACCCGGCACCUGCUGUCCCCUUCCAGUACAUCACCACCACAGAGGCUGGGGGCCAGGCCGUCGCCCUGCUCUGA